AUCCUACCAGUCAAGCCGAGCGAUCCUUAUCCGUACAGACUCGCUAUUACGUAGCCUCGUCCUCGUUGCUCCACCUGCCACCACCAAGGAAUUGGGAAAGACUUUAACUUGCUGACUUGCUGCUGACUGACUUUGCUCUGCUCAUCCCGUCAAACAAAUCAAUUGAACUUGUCCAAUCUUCUUUUCUGUUCUUUUUUCUUCUUUCUUUUCCUCUUUCUUUUUUUUUUUUCAGACUCAUUCGCAGUCUGGAAAAAAUACCCGACGCAAGCAUCUCAUGCCGACGUUCGGGUCAUUGCUAAAGAAGAAAAAGACGUUGUCGACAGGUGGUUCGAAGGAGGUGCCUAAUUCUUCAUCUACAGGCGCCGAACCUUCCACGACAUCAGCAACAUCCGAUAAACCCGCUGAGCAAUCGCAUCGAUCAUCGGUCAAGGAAUCCAACGACAGCAGCAGCAAGAAGAAUAGCGCUGUGUCGACUAGCGCGGAGACAAGCAAUCAAAAAGGCAAUUCGCAAGAUAAUCAGAUGACAUUGACAUCGUCAACAAAUCAGCAACCUGCGCAAGGCGCAAAUACUUCCUCCUCACAUCAUCACCACCAUCUGCCGAAUAUCGGCAGUAUAAAGAGCAUCAUCAAUCCCACGCACCAUCAGCAGCAUGAAAAUGAGAGUCAUGCGCAACAGCAGGGACAUACUGACAACAGCAAUAACAAUGUCCAGGCAUCACAAGGCCAGUUGGCUAGUUUACAAGCAAGACAGACAAAAGGGAAAUAUUCGCUGGAAGAUUUCUCCCUUCAGCGAACAUUAGGUACAGGAAGCUUUGGCCGGGUGCAUUUGGUGCAGUCAAGACAUAAUCAUCGCUUCUAUGCGAUCAAAGUAUUGAAGAAGGCUCAGGUGGUGAAGAUGAAGCAGGUGGAACACACAAAUGAUGAAAGGAGGAUGCUUCAAAGGGUAAAGCACCCUUUCCUUAUCACCCUAUGGGGUACUUUCCAGGAUUCGAAGAAUUUAUAUAUGGUUAUGGACUUUGUUGAGGGCGGGGAACUUUUCAGUCUUCUCCGCAAGUCGCAGAGAUUUCCUAAUCCUGUCGCUAAAUUUUAUGCUGCAGAGGUGACGUUGGCUCUAGAAUAUUUGCAUGCGCAGCAUAUUAUAUACCGAGAUCUCAAACCCGAGAAUUUACUGCUGGACAGACAUGGGCAUUUGAAGAUUACUGAUUUUGGCUUUGCCAAAGAAGUCCCGGAUAUUACUUGGACAUUGUGUGGAACGCCGGAUUACCUUGCGCCGGAGGUUGUGUCUUCCAAGGGAUAUAAUAAAUCAGUGGAUUGGUGGUCCUUGGGUAUUCUUAUAUUUGAGAUGCUUUGCGGCUUUACACCGUUCUGGGACAGCGGAUCGCCUGUCAAGAUAUAUGAGAAUAUUCUUCGAGGCAAAAUCAAAUACCCUCCAUAUAUGCAUCCAGAUGCCGUCGAUCUUCUUUCCCAGCUCAUCACCCCAGAUUUGACAAAGCGACUCGGCAACCUUCACGGCGGCCCGGAAGAUGUCAAGAAUCACCCUUGGUUUGCCGAAGUGACCUGGGAUAGAUUGCUGAGGAAGGACAUUGACGCUCCGUAUGUCCCACCCGUCCGGGCUGGACAGGGAGAUGCAAGCCAGUUUGACAAGUAUCCCGAGGAGAAUGAAGCAUAUGGUAGCAAUGGAGACGACCCAUAUCAUAGUCUUUUCACCGAGUUUUAAUUCUUCCUACACCGCCGACACUUCCAAUCUAACCGUCUCUUGGAUAACCACAGCUUGAAGCAACCUCGUCGGUCUAGUUCCCAGAACUGUACUAUGCGACAGAGCUCAACGAUAUCUAGGUAUCAAACAAUUUUUCAUCAUCUUAUCAAAUAUAUUUUACAACGGAUCUGGGUUUAGGUGUGGGUUUGGCUUCGUUUUUUUUUUGGCUUGUUUUUGUGUGUUUCUGCUGGAGACCGAUGUCUUACGUAUGGUCUGGGACCGAUAUGACAAAAUUUAUGGAGUAUUGAUGUAUGUGACAUAUGUCUAGGUAGUUACAUGGGGAAGAAAUGGUAGCAUAACUGCAUAAUU